GCGUCUUGCCUAUAAAGUCGUGUGUUUGAGAAAACAUACUAAAAUAGCUACACUGCUUAGCACCCCUCCCCUAUACAAUUGUAAAUUACGCAAUUUGGACGUGCCAGCACCAGUCUUUCAACAUGGCGGCUCGGUUGAGCAAUUGCUUUAGAUACUCUUACAGGUUAUUUACGCGACAAUCGAAACCACGGUUGCCUGUGGAAAUUUUAUCAAGACUGUCGCAUUCCUGCAUAGACCCUGCUAUAGGUCUUGCUCCAGUUCAGAGAGAAUUCCAGAAGGUCGCCUUAGAUUUUGCCAAUAAUGAGCUGGCUCCACACAUGGGAAAAUGGGAUCAAGAGGAAAUCUUCCCAGUAGAUGUUCUCAGAAAAUCAGCAAGUCUAGGUUUUGGAGCUAUUUACACAUCUGAGGACUAUGGUGGAAGUGCCUUGUCUCGUCUUGAUGCGUCAGUUAUUUUUGAGGCUCUGUCUACAGGAUGCGUCAGCACAGCUGCAUAUCUCACUAUUCACAACAUGGUGACUUGGAUGAUUGAUAGUUUUGGAAAUGAGGAGCAAAAAGAAAAGUACAUUCCCUCUUUAGUAACAAUGGAGAAAUUUGCUUCAUAUUGUUUAACAGAACCAGGGAGUGGUAGUGAUGCAGCAUCACUUGCAACGACUGCCAAGCGAGAUGGUGACCAUUAUGUACUCAAUGGCUCAAAGAUGUUCAUCAGUGGUGGGGGUGAUACUGAUAUAUAUCUGUGCAUGGUGCGUACAGGCGAAGAAGGCCCAAAUGGUAUUUCAUCAGUUUUGGUUGAAAAAGGAACGCCUGGCCUUUCAUUUGGGAAGAAGGAAAGAAAGGUUGGCUGGAACUCUCAGCCCACUAGAGCCGUGAUAUUUGAGGAUUGUAGGGUUCCUGUACAGAACCUGAUUGGCUCUGAAGGACAGGGUUUUAAGAUCGCAAUGAAGGGCCUUAAUGGAGGAAGAAUCAAUAUUGCGUCCUGUUCACUGGGCGCUGCUCAGGCCGCGCUAGAACAAACCAAACAGUACGUUAGCGACAGGAAACAAUUCAACAGAUCACUGUCAAGUUUCCAGAAUGCCCAAUUCAAACUGGCGGAGAUGGCUACAGACUUGACUGCCUCUCGCCUGAUGGUCAGACAUGCUGCUACAAGCCUUGAUAAGAAUGCACAUAACGUGGCCACACUAUGCGCCAUGGCGAAGCUUUUCGCUACCGACAAGUGCUUCGAGAUUACAAACCAAUGCAUGCAGCUUCACGGCGGAUACGGGUAUCUUAAGGACUACCCAGUACAACAGUACAUGCGUGACACGAGAGUUCACCAGAUUCUAGAAGGAACCAAUGAAAUAAUGCGUGUCAUCAUAUCACGUGAUCUUCUAAGCUCUUGACCAACCAUCGCGGAGAAUAUAUUAUAACGUAACACAGGAAGUCUCGGGUCUUUUCUUAAUGUAUAGGUAGUUAGUAUGAGAGGUAUAAUAUAACGUUUAAAAACUAAGUUAUUUAAACUUGAAUUAGUCUACUGGGCAGCCCUCCUUGUCGACAGUCAGGGAGGGAUUUCAGGCUGGCGCCAAGUACAGCUGCGCGGAAGAUAAAUGGAUGUUUUUUUUUAAAUAAAUGGUACAUAAGACAGGAGAAUGGUGCCGGAAAUAUAUUACUAUUACUUUCUACAGAGACGACGAUAUGAUAUCUGAUGGUAAAGAAAUUUCAAAUUAGAGCAAGCCAAAAUCUCUGGGGGAAAAAACAGACCUCGCCUAAACAGAUAAAGCCUGUUCCCGUGAUAAAUAAUCAAGUAACCAAACUCUUUUUAUAUAUGUUUAUAAGAUAGUUCACCCAUUGUCCUCACUUAAGAAUGUCUGCAUUCCAAGUUGAGGGGUGAUAGAAUAAAAGAUAAGAUAAGUAAACUUUAUAAAAGACGUCCCUGAAUAGACCUUCUCUCUAUAUUUAACGCGAAAUGUAAUAACGCAAAAUGUAAUAACUUUAUCUAUUGAGUAAUAGCUAAAAGUUCUACUAAUAUUAGUAGAUGAAUGUUAACACGUAGGGACCAACGGAAGGAAUCCUAUUCAAAGAAGGCAUCGAGGUAAGUGUGAAACAUUAUAUAAAUUUGACCCCUGCAAUAUAAUGUUUUUUUUUCUAGUAGUAUUUUGCGUUAAAAAUCUUUAAAUACUUUGCGUUGAAAAGUUAUUAUAUCUUGCGUAGAUUACAUUUUGCGGCGUAGCACCCUCCUAAACAAACCCUGUACAUAAUUGAAUGCAUUCUGGAUCCCGCUUUUGAAUAAUCAUCAGCUAGUAACACAAAAUUAGAUAAAACGUUUCGGGCUCAAAACGAGCAAAAUGAAUAUAAUGUUGUUAUUGCAAUUUGUAAAGCUACUUAUCUUUGAAAAUAUACCUGCAGCUUGUUUUGAUAUUUUAUCAAGUCAAAA